CGCCUAUCCCGUCGGUUUUCGGGAAAUGAGUAUCUCACAAUUGUUGCUAGCUUUUACUCAGCCCGUUGGUCGAUUAAUUUGCUUUAUAAGACUUUCAUCUUCUCGUCACUGUGCUUUCUGAUUUUUGUCAGGCCAUGAUAAAAUCUAAGGAAAUCAAGAACGAACAACACGAUUUGGGAUAGGAACCUCCGUUUCGUAUGCCUAGAAAAUUGUGGUCAACACAGGCUCACCUGCCAAACUGGUUUGGAUUGAGAUUUUUAUCGGGUAUCGGGGAAGCAUGUGAUUAUAAAUUAGACUUGAUUAAAACGGGCCAAAACUUGAAAUUUAUCAUGUUUGAGUGACCCAUGCCAAAUUCUAAUUAUUCUUUACUUUUAAACUUUCUAUUUGAAAAUAAAAAAUAGUGAAAGAAAAGAGAUGACUGCAUUUCGCCAUUUGCACAUCACUUCUUCGGGAAUAAAACCAUAGAAAUUCAAAAGGAACUGAAAAUGCUUAGGAUCGUUUUAAUGUUUAAAAUAACCAAAUUGAUCUUUCUGUUUAGUUUUUUACUAACAAAUACCAAACGGUUCCCUGCAAAAUACACUAUAAUUUGAUCAUUAUGAUAUCAAAUAAUUAUAUAAUAUAUAUUUGAAAUGAUAAAAAUUGUACUAAUUGGGUUGGUCGAGGUUGUACCAUUGAAUAACUUUAAAAUACAUUAUAUUUUAGCCACUAAGAUAUAAAAUAAUAGCAUAAUAUAUAUUAUGCCAGAGAAAAUAGCUUGUUUUAGAAUGACAAACCAAUGAUGUUCAUUUGUUUUACUUGAUGGUCAAAUCCCGUGUAGGACAGGCCCAUUCAACUCUUUUAUUUUAUGGUUAGCGGUUAGCCCAUUAGAUACCAUGCAUUAGUUUAUUGUUAAAUUUUUUAUUUUUAGCAAUAAAAAAGAGUAUUGUUUUUGUCUUUUCAUGUAUAUUUUAUCACCACGGAGAAAUAAAAGAGCUUAAAGAAAAAAAUUGACACUCCUAGACCCGUUUAAAUCCGCAUGUGUACGGUAAGUUUACCCGUUCCACAGAGGAAAGAGAAAAAAAAUUGACACUCCCUAUUCUAAUCUUCCUACAAACGUUUUUAGAAUGACAAACCAAUGAUGUUCAUUUGUUUACUUGAUGGCCAAAUCCCGUGUAGGUAAGGCCCAUUCAACUCUUUUAUUUUAUGGUUAGCGGGUAGCCCAUUAGAUACCAUGCAUUAGUUUAUUGUUAAAUUUUUUAUUUUUAGAAAUAAAAAGGAUUAUUGUUUUUGUCUUUUCAUAUAUAUUUUAUCACCAUGGAGAAAUAAAAGAGCUUAAAGAAAAAAAUUGACACUCCUGGACCCGUUUAAAUCUGCAUGUGUACGGUAAGUUGGCCCAUUCCACAAAGGAAAGAGAAAAAAAAUUGGCACUCCUUAUUCUACCCUUCCUACAAACGCUCAUGGAGCAGGGAAUUCGAAAUGGGAGAAGGGUUUUUUCCUCCAUGCUAUUAUACGUUUUUAAUUUAAAAAGAUACAACAAAUGUACUUAGUGUGAUUGGUUAUGAUCCUUGCUUUUCUUUAAAAUGGUCAUGGUUCAAAUCCCAGUACGUGUCUUUUUAAUGAAUAAAAAAAAGUAAUUGUGAAGACCAAAAUGUCCUUCCUACUUUCACUCUCGUUGCAGGAAAUUUGAAAUGAGGCUCAUGUUUUUCCCUUCAGUGUAUUAUAUUAUGUGUAGACAACCGACGCUGAACUCUUCCAGUCAAACUCGCUAAACGUCUCUCUCUUUCUUACUAUCCUUCCUGAACGGUUCGCUAUCGCUACCCAAUUGGGUUUUUGUAAGGUCCUGGAAGAGUGAUAUCUGGCGAAGAGGGGAGAAGAAGGUAGAAGACGAAGCUUGGGAGAAUAGGGAAAGAGCUAUGUUAUUUAUCUAAAGAGUAAAGCUGUUUUACAGAAGAAUGAUUUUCCAAAAGGAUCCCAAUAACAGAACUCUCUCUCCCUAUUUAUACUUCCUCCCACUUUACACGUCACUUUCAGCUGUACAGGUUGUUACAGUUUUCCGCCCUCACUAUUGUUGUUGUGACGAAACAGUAGAACGAAGGAAAAAGGGAGGAGUUCCCCCCCCCCCCCCCCACGGGUUUGGGGUUAUAGGAGAUAUUGGUUUGGUGGUGAACAGAGAUGUGAAGAAGAUGGAGGGAACGAAUGGGUAUGCUGUUGAUGGUGGGGAAAAAAGCAAUGGGAGCUCUAGCAAUGGUAAUCGUAGGCUGCCUGCUCCCAGCCUCCCUCCACCUCCGCCGUCGUCGUACCGGCAGUGUUUCGCCAAUGCUGGUGUGCCUGUGUCUUGUAAGAGGACUCUGGUUCGCCAUCCGUCUCUUGUGAAGACAUCUGCCUUUGAAAUCUCUUUGGAAUCUGAAGUGAGUAUACGGACUCAUGGUCCUGAUUACACUCCCAUUGUCCGGUCAGGAGCCUUUUCGGAUAUUGGCUUUCGCCCCAGAAUGGAGGAUGUCUAUACUUGUAUUGAUGAUUUCACAAUUGAUUAUGGUCUCGGACACGAUACUGAUGGGCCUAACGCCUUCUACGGGGUUUUUGAUGGUCAUGGAGGGAAACAUGCUGCAGAUUUUGCAUGCCACCAUUUGCCGAGAUUCAUCAUUGAAGAUGAAGACUUCCCAAGAGAUCUAGAAAGGGUCAUUGCAUCUGCUUUUCAGCAGACUGAUAGUGCUUUUGCAGAGGCAUGCUUGCUUGAUGCUGGUCUUGCUUCUGGCACUACUGCAUUGGUUGCUCUUGUUAUGGGAAGGUUAUUGGUGGUGGCAAAUGCUGGAGACUGCCGGGCAGUGCUUUCUCGGCGUGGCAAAGCAGUUGAGAUGUCUCGGGAUCACAAGCCAGGCUGCGCCAGAGAACAAAAACGCAUAGAGGCAUCUGGCGGAUCUGUUUAUGACGGCUACCUAAAUGGACAGCUCAAUGUUGCUCGGGCAAUAGGAGAUUGGCACGUGGAAGGACUGAAAGCCCAGGAAGGUGGCCCGCUUAGUGCCGAGCCUGAGCUAAUAACCACUGAACUGACAGAAGAUGAUGAAUUCCUCAUCAUAGGAUGUGAUGGAAUAUGGGAUGUGUUCAGGAGCCAAAAUGCAGUAGACUUUGCCUGGCGGAGGCUUCAGGAGCACAAUGAUCCCUUCGUGUGUAGCAAAGAUCUGGUUGAUGAAGCCCUAAAGAGGAAGAGUGGGGACAAUCUAUCUGCAGUUGUUGUUUGCUUUCAGUCUGGGCCUCCCCCGAACUUGGUUGCUCCACGUUCUAGGGUGCGGAGGAGCUUCUCUGCCGAGGGCUUGAGGGAGCUGCAGAGUUUCUUGGAUGACUUGGCUAAUUGAGACGGUAGCGAUGAUUAGUGGUUCCCCUGAUUCCAAUUUUCCCAGAAGAGUCCACUAAUUUGAAUGUAUUAGGUGUAGUUUGAGGUAUUGAUGAGUCACUCCCAACUGUAACAUAUACGGCUGCAAGAAGAUGGUAAUUUGCUUCAUAAUCUGCUCUCUCUUUGAAGUUGUUAAGGCAUAUGCCUUAAUGUUGGAGGCAUUUAUUCCUUGGUUCUCAAGAAACCCCAAAUAAUGAGAUGGUUACCUG